UCAGUGGAAGAGCUGAUUGAGACUCACGCUCCUCUGAAAUCUCCUGUAGGUUCUGAAUGAAACACAUAUUCACACCUCAUCAUCACUACAGUCCCUCUUGAAAUGAUCUUAAAAUAAAAUAAAAAACGACGACAUAAGCUGUUUAAUUCGGUUAGUUGGUAAAACCUUUGAUAAUUCUACAUCAUUUUCACGUUCAUGUUGCGUAACGCAAUUGGGACGCAUAAAAAUAGAUAUUUGGUUUAAACUAGAAAAGGGUGAUCCGCCUCUAUUUGAGUAGGACCGUCUGAUAAGUUUAUAUAAUCAUCUCGGAGACAAAGAAGAAAGAACAAAUGUGAGGUUUUGCGCAAAAGCGACAGCAGCUGCGCUGCGACCUUGGGUCCAGUGGAACGAUACCGUUCGCCAGACUGUGCGCCAAAAUAUGCUUUAUUCUCUCGCACCUUAUAGUUAGAGUCGUGUCUGAAUGUAUUUUAUUAUUAAUAUGCCGUCCACAGCCUCUCUGAUUCACAGACUCGAUCAUGACUGUUGUGAGGACUCUUGACGUCAGAGGGGAGAAUCAUCGGCGAGGUCCAAUGGGGGGAAUAUCAAGCGAGGCAGAGCCAUCGUCCUACCAACAGUAUUAGCCAUGCUAACCGACAAGCACCUCGCCUUUCCAGAGUACUUUACCCGCCAAAGAUGACGAUCCAACUUAACUACGCGGAUCGAAGAUAGAGAGAAGGGAUUGGGAAUUUAGUUGUUCUUUUAUGUUGUUUUUCUUGGUCCUCCAUCUCCUCUCGUAUGAGAGACACGGACCUCGUUCGGGCUUGGGGAAAAAAGGCAUUGCAGCUUCAUGGCACUAAGCUAUGAUUCACUCUCUUGCAGCAGCAAUGAGCAACCAACUUCAAAACACCUCUUCCCUCUCCACGGCGGGCACGUGGAAUCUCCUAGAUGUGCGGAACUCAUCGCCGGUGCUAACGGCAGAGUUGCGGCCGAUUCCCGUUAGCCCGUGGGACAUUGCUCUGUGCGUGACAGGCACGCUCAUCUCCUGCGAGAAUGCAAUUGUGAUCGCCAUCCUGUUUUACACGCCCACGCUGAGAGCUCCCAUGUUCAUUCUGAUAGGGAGUCUUGCAUUUGCGGACCUGCUCGCUGGACUUGGCCUCAUUCUCAACUUUGUCUUCAUCUAUAUGCUGGACACCGAGUUUGUGACUCUAAUCUCCGUCGGCCUGCUGAUCGCCGCCUUCUCUGCAUCAGUGCUCAACAUCUUGGCUAUCACGGUGGAUCGCUACUUGUCCCUCUACAAUGCCCUGACCUACCACUCGGAACGCAUGGUGACGUUCACCUAUGUCAUGGUGGUUCUCAUUUGGCUGGUGUGCAUCAUCCUGGGCCUUCUGCCAGUGCUCGGCUGGAACUGCCUACGAGACGAGGCCAGCUGCAGUAUUUGUCGGCCAGUCACCAAAAACAAUGCCGUGGUGCUCGCUGUGACGUUCCUGCUGGUUUUUGCCCUCAUGAUGCAGCUCUACCUGCAGAUCUGUAAGAUUGCCUUCCGCCAUGCGCAGCAAAUUGCGGUACAGCACCAGUUUAUGGCCAUUUCUACCACAAAAGGCGUUUCCACACUCUCGGUCAUCCUCUGCACCUUCGCCGCAUGCUGGAUGCCCUUUGCCAUGUAUUCAAUAGUGGCGGACUCCAGCUACCCAAUGAUCUAUACGUAUGCAACGGUGCUGCCAGCCACAUGCAAUUCGGUCAUAAACCCAAUUAUUUACGCUUACAGAAACCCAGACAUCCAGAAAUCCCUCUGGCUCGCCUGCUGCGGUUGCGUGCCAUCCAACUUCUCCUUGCGGCCAAGGACAUCAAGCGAUGUAUAGGUCGGACUAAGAAUGAGUUACAUCUACUUUACAUAAUCAGUUUGUACUGUGUCUGUGUUAAUGAUAUGAUGUCCUUCCUUGCUGGGAUCCCAUUCAAAUGUUGCUGGUUGUGCAAAAGGUGUUGCGGUUACGUAAGUCCAUGAUGUCAACCUGAACUGUAUGAUUAGAUGUCUUCAAUGCAUAGUACACUCAGUGAGUUCAAAUUGCAUCAAACAUACCUAAUCUGAGAGAUAGCAACUGGCACGGAGAUAAAUCAAAUUGAUAUCAAAUAUAUCAAUACAUUAUAUAUAAAAUCACCAUUAACAGUGGAAAUGGUUAGAAGACCAUGAUUUGUGCAAAGAAAGAUGUAAACUGUGGAUACGUUUAUAGUUACAUGAAGCACUUUCAGGACCAUGGACAGCAGCAGACACAGUGAGAUUUAUUCCGCCUUUUAAUUGGUAAAAACAACUGAGAGAAAACACAGACCCACACUUGAAAAUUGUAACGCUUCUAGUGUCAAUCUCUUUACGUCCAACUUUACCAAAUUAUUGCUAAUUUUAUGUGUGACGUCAAAGAAAACGCUGCCAUGAAGUAGUGUAGCACAUAUUUUUGGUUUUUGGAAUUCACAUCCAACACGCAAUUUGCGUGCUAGGGCACACUUUUUGGUGCGCGACGGCUGGGUUAAUGAAGUUUUGUCCACGAAAUGAGAUGUCAGCCAAGACACUUUAAAUUCGACCUCAGGCGACGUCUUUCAAGGCAACUGUAAUUGCGUUUUUUCGCAAAAGACUACCUUAGGCGGAAAGACUUAAAUGAAAUGGCUGGGUCUGUACAGUGAAAUGAUCUCAGCAAUUAUCAGAUAUAAUUGAGUGUGUUGACUGUACAAAUAGUCAAUUAGACCAGAUAUCAAUGUCAGGGUUUGGCUUGUGUAUAAAGAGAUCUACAAAAAAGAACAGUAACUAAACCAACAAGGACAUAGUUUCACUGAAGACUAAAAUUAAGCGUUGAAUGAAAUUAAAACAGCAACAUUUUCUUUAAGUGGCACAUUAACAGAAACACACAAUUGAAUAUGGCAUGUCCGAUGCUUUUUGUAAGCUGUAUAACCAAAAAAGGUAAUCGGAACUCAAAGAACAAAACACUAUGCCUCUCAAAAUGGCGCAACCGUACACACUAACAGACACAAUAAAGGAUUAGUUGUCAUAAUAUUUUAUACACACAGAUAUUUGUGAAGCUUGAAAUAUAAAGCCUUGCGUUUUUGAGGGGGAUAUGAAUGUCGCAGCUGUUUUUUGACAACCCCUCAUUUGCAAGCAGAGAAUCUUCAUUUUGGCCUUAUCUUCUCUCUUCUGCAAUAAUGAAUCAGCAUAUAUCGUUCAUUGAUAGAGCUACAAUCACAAUGAGGCCAUCAACAGAGCUAAUUCUACUUCCUGACUUGAACAGACUGAAAAAUAGAUUAACGAGACCAGGGUGUUUCUUUUUAAGCUUAUUAAAUCAACUGUACUGUUUUAUAAAAUAUACAUUCACAUUGUAGUACAAGUUGAUUUUGAGAGCCCACCCAGGUGCCUCUGACUAACCUCAAUACUCUUAGUGACCUGUACGAAAUCUGAUGGACUUUCAAGCAGUUACUUCCACAGUCUGGACACUGUGGAAAAAAAUCUCAAAUUUUGUUCUGUGUGAUUGUGCGUGUGAUUCUGAAAGUGAAAGAGAGCAUGAACCAUUUGUUUAUACACCACUCAUUAAUGUUAGGAGUGGGGUUCAGUGACCUGUCACACUGUGCCCACUUAAAAAAAAUAACCUACCCCACCUAACACACAAACGUGGCAAAUAUCAACUUUUUUCUGCAAAUCUAAUCUUAUGUAAUGUAUCUCCACUACAGUGUACUCAAUGGGACGCCACAGAUUCUGUAUGUUAAGGGGUGCAAUCGGUUAUUUUUCUUAUGCAAUGCUGUAUGGAAACAUAUAUUUUUAUACACAUCAGGGCAUGAGUUUUUUUGAUGUUGUUUCGGUGUGUAUGUAUAUGUGUGUGUGUGUUCCGUAUCUGUAUUCUUAUCGAUGGUUUCAUAAAAAAGCAAAAGCAAAAGAACAAAAACAUACAAAACAAAAAAGUGUUGACAAGGCAGAAAGUGCCAUAACUUCACUAACUAGUGUCUUAUUGAUUUUCAUGCAUUCAUCACAGUGAUAUCAUCACUUUUCUGUGUCAACAGUAACAUUCAUUUGAAAAUCUUGCUGUGGUCAAAGCACAGUUUGAGAGGGUUAACUAAGAGGGAUACAGUUUGUAUUUUUUUUGUGACAACUAGUUUUAAGUGAAGUCUGUAAGAGAGAACUUAAAAUCAGACCUAGAGAACCAGGUGGUACACCAAGGGAAUGCCUGUGUUCAACUCACUCUCUUGUAUGUUCUUGGACAUUGCUGACCAAUUUGGUUACUGAGAACACUGCAGUCCUCUCUUUAAGAUUCUGUUGGAUUGGGACAGCCAUUUCUUGCCCCAGACCGAAGAUAGAUGGUCCACCCUCAGCCUCAUGGUCAAAAGUGAAAAAACAAUCUGAUUACAAACACCACAGUUAUCAUGAUAGAACUCCAGAGAUUCAGACAUCAUCAGGAAAGAGUUUCACAUAUCUUCAGACAAGAGUGUAUAAAUUUAAAAUUAGUGCACUCAUUCUGAGCUACUGAGCCUGAAUUUUAUAGUUACGAGACAAAAAAUCUGGAUUGAGAAUGACAAAAAGACCAGGAGACCCUAGUGUGACGUCUCUGCUGUCAUAUAUAAACAGAGGGAGGUUGUCAGAAUGACAGCUCCUAACCGCACAGGAGUUCUGAUACCACUAAAUCUGGCCCUGCUAAAAAUAACCUUGAAGAGCAUGAAAUGUUACAUUUAUCUAGGCUACUUGAAAUCCCUUUUCUGGGCCAUUAAGCAGAGCUCUGUGUUUCCCAUCAACAGCUACAUUAGUGCGAAGGAGACAUUCCAGAAUGAGGGAGAGAGACUAGAAGAGAGAGAGUAGAGAGACAGAUUAAGCCUUUGGAAGAGCCUCUGGGUUUAUGUAACCACUGCAUCCAAACGAAGUCCAUAAUCAAAAUCUGUGUACCCUACAUUAAGUCUCUCUAAAAUCACUUAAAAAUCCAUCUAGAGCUAAGGAAUGUACAUGUACAGUAUACGCAAACUGUCAGCACAAUGUGUCGAUUGUAAAUGGACAAAUGUGUGGCCCUUAUGGUCAGAGAUGUGGAUGGGUACUCUGAAACUGUGAUGUAAUGGUGUUGAUCAUUUGUUUAUCUUGCGUUGUUUCUCUUUGUAAUGUGAAAUCAAAUCUGACAAGCACUUUAUGAAGGGAACAUGCUACACGUUGCAAUGUAAGUGUGGAAUGUGAUCCUUCCAAAAAUGAUUUAUUUUUUAUUACUGUAAAUACAACUAUACAGAGACAAAGAGAGAACAAGCGAAAAACAACAAGAGUCGAAUACUUUGUCAAAUAAAAUUCGGCAAAAUCAAGUUUGGUUGGUGUCUGUCAGUUGUUUAUGUGUGCGUGUGUGUGAGAGGGAGAGAGAACAGCACUCACACCUGCACAUUUUUCCGUUUGAAGGCGGCUCAAUAAAUUAUUGAGCUGGUCCGUUUACGUAACGCACUGUGUCAAGAUCUCGGAAAGUGUGGGAUCUUGCCGAACCCACGCUGUGAGGGAAUUUUUCAGCGUUGUCAUUUACAUUGAUAAUAGCGGCAAAGGUAGUAACCUCCUGCAUUUCUAUGAGGCGACGUAUAGGGUUUAAAUCAAACUGCGUUUAUGAAUACAUGAUAUAUAAAAGCGUGCAUACACACAUAUAAACUGCUCACAUAUACAUGUAUACUAUAGGAUGUUCAAGCGAACACUUAUGAAAAACAUGUGAGCACUAAUGUGAAAUCCAUACCGACACAUCUUAUGUUAGUAAUGCAUGCAUGUAGA